AUGUAUUUUGCAAAUUUUGUCACACCCGUUUUCAAAGAUGAUUCAUCUUUGAAAGCAACACAACGUAAUGUGACAAGUCUUCGAAACAAGUUGCAAACAAUACAAGAAAGAUUAAACAAAGUUCGACAGAAGAAUACUGAUCUACAAUUGGAAAUUUUCCAAUUAAACAAAAAGAUUAUCAAUCCUGCUCAAAAACAGACAAAAGAGCAGCUCGAAUACAUAACGUCAGACUAUAAUAAAAUGUAUGGUAAAAUAGAAUUGACAGAAAAAUUAAUAAAAACAUAUAAAAAGUUAGAAAAAUCAAUCAAUAUCAAUAAUAUACCAAUACAAGCUCCUCAAACACAACAAAACAGUGCUAGACCACAAACUCAACUCGGAAAUCUUUAUAAUACUCAUGUAAUACAGACACCAAGAACAACUCGUACAAAAACUGUUCUCUCGCCUAGAAAAAAUACCCUUCCAAAUCUAAAUUAUGUUUCAGAUUUAAAACAUAAUAUCGAUUUAUUAAACAUGAGAUUCGGUACAACCAUUCCAAAUGAAAUAUUUGACUCUAUUCAAAGACGAAAAACACUGAAAGAAGAUCUAAAAACAUUAAUAAAAUAUUUAUUAUUAUAUGAAGAGCAUAUUGAAGCAUUAAAACAAGAUAUUCAUAAUAGAGGUACUAAAAAAGAAGAAUUACUAAACGAAUUGAAAGAAAAAAAGCUGAAAUUAUUAGAAUUAAAACUUCAUCAACUGGAUUUACAAGAAUUUCAAGAGAAUCUACACAGCAAAGUUCCGAAAAUAUACAAAAAGCUUGCCAAAAAAGAAUCUUCUGGCAACAAUCUUACAGAUCUUCAAAAUCUUGUUGACAUAGCUUCAUCAAGGAUCUCCCAAAUGCCACGUUCUGAUGAAGAGUUCACAGAGGAAGAAGAAAAGAAAUCUCCUGUCGAUCAAAAAAACGUCAGAUUUGAUGCAAUUCCUUCUCUUAAUUUACAACAAAAUUCUUUUGUUCCUGGAAGUCGAACAAUCAGGAGAUAUGUAUCAGCUUUAUCAACUUUAAGAAGAGAUGAAGAGUCUUCAGAGAUAGACAAGGAGAUGAGCGUACUAGGAAGAAUGGUUGGCCAUAUUUUUGUUGAUAGAUUCUCAUCAUCUUUUGUAAAGUACACAAAACCAAUAACAAAGGUCGAAGAUCCAGAGUUCAGCUAUUGUGAUCCACCGCAGGAUGUCGUUGAUGCAACAGAAAAUGGAUUUCGGACCAUUCUUGAAAAAAUGGAAGAAUUAUAUACUUCAAAUAAGGAUAUUCUUGACCUUUUGAUAUACAACGAUACUGAAAUCAUCAAGAUCAAUAAGAAAUCAGCAUCAUUUAUAUCAUCCAGAGAAACAUUAUUAUCAUCCUUCGAAAAAGAUAUAGAUACUGAAGAGAUUUUCAAUUUCAUCAAGCCUAUAUUUGAUAAAGAUUCAAUUGUUGCAUGUUGGAUCACAAGAGAUUUAGUUUUAUACACUAAUUUUUGCAAUUCUGUUUCAAAUUUGCUGAAAAUCAUCGAACCUAUCUUCGAAAACUACCACAAUAAAUUCGAAGUAGAUAGUUCACUCCAGGCAUCAUGGGCAGCCUUGUUUUCAGCGAUGUUUGAAGUUACAGAUUCAUUUGAUUUAAGUUCAAAGUUGAUUUCGAUUGUUGGUGAGAAUUUUAUUAUCAGAACAAAUGUUCCUAUACAGAAACGCGACCAAUCUCUUUAUAUUUGUUUGUUUUCUCUUGGUUGCUACGCUCCACAAAGUUUUUUGGAGUCUCUUUCUGUUCAUAAUCUCUCCACAUCGAUGAUGCUUCGAUUUCUAUCGCAAUGUGGAGAUUUCGAGACAAACUACAAUGUCUGCUUCAGGUUCUUCAGUUCCGCUCUUCAAAUGAUUGAUGAAGAAUCUGUUUCAUGGCAUUUUUCAAUUUUUUAUCAUGUUCUGACGAAAGAAAUUUCAAAAGAACAAAUCAACCCAAUUAUCAUUGUUUCCACCUUGAAUGUUAUUAGAUCUAUUGUAGAAGGAAGACAUAGAUGGACUGUUGACCAAAUCAACAAACUCCAUUUGCUGAAAAACAUUUUAUUUAAUGUUGAAUUGGAAGCUUAUCCAAAUGGAAGAAUUUUCAAUAACAAAAAUAAGAUAAUUAAAGCUGAUGUGUCUAUGAAAGAUAUACCAACUUUGUCAUUGCAAAAUGUAAUUCCUACAUUGAAUUUCGAUAAUCCUAAACUUCAAUUGCAUUUCCAAAAUUCGCAAAAUGAUCAAAAUAAUUUGGAAAAGCAAAAAAGUGACAAUUUUAAUGAAGAAGAAUAUUUAUCAAAGCGUAGAUUGAGACCUGUUUAUUGUGCAGAUGAUGUGCAUGUAGCUGUCAUUGAGUUAUUGUUUAGUAUUAUAAUAGAGCACAGAUUACAUAAGUUUGAUGUCAAAUUUGUUGAUCCUUUUCCUCAUGUCAACAGAAAACCGAACAUUUUGUAUCCUUUAAUGAAACAUAUGGAGCACAACUUAAAUUCUUUCCUCAUGGAAGACUUCCAGGAAGAAUUCAAAGCUCCUAAAAGUUUCGGAGAACCAGAUACCGAAGAAAACCAAAUUCCUUUGAUGACAAUCAAUUUGAUGUCGACUUUUCCGAAGUUUUCUGCUUCUGUAGAGAAAAAUUCCAGCAUCAAUGUUCCUUCUUUGCAUCUCCAAGAGUCACAAACGAUGACAAUCAACUCGGAAAUGCCAAAUUGGCUGAGAUCAAACAGGAAAAACACGAUUUUCAACAAACUCGACUACAUGAGAUUGUUGAGAUUGACAAUGCCAUGCCUUUUCGAGCCAAAGAAGUAUGCGAAUGGAAAACACAUCGCGUCAGGAGCUUUUGGUGUCGUCAUGAAAGCUCCAGGAAAAGAUAAACCAGUUGCAGUCAAAAUUUUGCAAAAAUCUUUGAAUGAAUUUGAAAAUCCUCAUUUGUUCGAGGUGUACUCGGAAGUAUCCAUUCUCGAUACGUGCAAAGGAGAUAGAAGAGUCACACAGCUUGUUGAUUUCGGCUGCACAAAGAACAGUUAUUACAUUGUGAUGGAAUUUUAUCCAUUUACACUGAAAGCAUGGAGAAAAAGUGUUAAUGAAAAACCACCACUUAACACGAUGUUACGUGUUUACAGGGAAUUCCUUAAAGCAUGUACAGUUCUUACUGAUAGAUAUAUCAACCAUUUCGACAUAAAAUGCGAUAAUGUGAUGCUUGAUUUCGAUGGAAUGCCUGCUUUGGCAGAUUUCGGAGAAUCAAUGUGUUACAAGAGAGAAAGUAACUCUUACACGCUUCUUAACAAAGGAACUGAAUGGAUUAAAUCCCCAGAAAUGCUCUCCAUCGCUUUGACAUCAACAGCAACUGAUCCUAAAUUCGAUAGAAGAAAGAAAGUUGGUGCUGGUCCUCCAAGCGAUAUUUGGAGCAUUGGCUGCCUUUUCUUCGAAUUAUUGACAGGACAUUUCUUGUUCGCUACAACAGAUUGGAGCUACUUCUACACAAGAGUCACCGGAGAGAGGCCUGUCCUUGAUGAUGUUGAUCGCAAUGAACUGAAAGAACUUGGUUGUAAUGAUAAUGUCGAAAUAUUUUUGGAUUUUGUGUUGAAAAGAAAAGAAAUUCAACGACCAUCUCUUGAACAAGUCAUUUCAAAGUAUGAUGAGUUAUUCCCUGAAGCAAAGAAUGCACCAACACCAACUUUCAAUGUUUCUAAUACAUAA